AUCUGAGACGAAGCUAUUGCGAUGCAAUUGCGACGCAACCUACGUACGUAUGCGCUCGCCACCACCGCUCUGGGCUGCUGCUACCUAGUAUGUACGUAUGACGAUACGCGGCUUUCGUCGUCUGCGAAGACGGGCGAGUGGAAUUGACUUGCUUCGUCGACGACUUUAUUGUGAAGGGCUGGCUCUUGGUUUGGUUGGAGUACACACCGUCUGUCGUCAGACGACGGGCUGCCUUGGUGUACCGUGUACCGUGUGCGCCUCUGUCAGGGUUCAGCCGUGGGGGGGCUUGAAUCGCGGAGUCUCACCGCUGACGUACCUUGUAGGAUGGGUCACGGUCGCUCUAGGGUGCGCAACAAGGCCAACAAACUGCUCUGAUUCUGUCGGCUACGGUCGACGGGUUUCGUUUACGGGGUGUGACGACGAUUGCAGUGAGCUGAGCUGGAGAAGAGGGCUCCUCCGCGUUGUCGACCAAUGGGGCCGGAUGCGCGUGUGUGCGACGAGUCGAGUUGACCAGCCAGCAAGAACAAAAGAACGCCAGAGCCGCCAGACGCCGACGAUGGCCAGCCUGAGCCCUACCCGGACCGUCCAAUGGCUAUCUCGCUCCCGCCUGGUCCAACGAGAUUCCUGGCUUUGGAAUCUCCCAUACCCCUAAUGAGGAUAGCCUCUAGGCGCGAGACCGCCAAGCGCACUCUGGUGGUUUGCGCCGGUCUUCCUUCCGACCCUCACGAUCACUUCAAGCAUGGCUGUGCACUUAUUAUUG